AUGGCUGAUCUGAAAAUCUCAAAGGUCGACACAAUCCAGUACUUUCGCUCUGAGUCUUCCCCGGCACCGAAAUCCACACAACCUCGCCAUGGUACCAACUACUUCUUCGGCCUGCCUCGCGAGAUCAGAGAUAUGAUAUACGAGUACACGCUGACGGAACCAGGCGGACUCUUCUGGUGCCAACCGCCGGGACCAUUCGAAGCCACGGUCGGCUUCACGACGACGCGUUAG